AUGCAUGAAAAGAUAAAAUCCGUGAAGCUGAAGAUUGGUGGGGAUCCCGAGCUGCUGAACGCCACGUUUAUGCAGGAAUUCUAUAAUUGGGGCGGCUACACAUCCAACAAAUCGUUCAUCGACCAGGUCUUCAAGAAUCACAUCGAUUUUCCGUUAAAGAAGCCCCCGCUGAUGGUGGAUCCGACGAGUGAAACGGCAGAAUACAAACCGGAGUCUAAUACGAUCGAACUCGGCUCUUUCUUCUUCACUUCCCCCUUCUUCGAGCGCGACUGGCCGAUGGAGGCGAAAUUCGCUGGACUUGGAGACGUCAUCGCGCACGAGUUCUCGCAUUCUAUCGAUGGAUCUAAAGGAGGAAUCCGUAACAGAUUCACCAAACGGCGCCUUCGUCAAGGUUGCAUUACCGAUCGCCUCGGGCACAAGGUCUUCUUCGACGAGAAAAUGAUGGUGAUCGACCAGAAGGUCAUCAACGAGGUGCUGUCCAAUCUCUACGGCGUCAGGGUGGCCUUCCAGACGUACAUGAAUGACUGGGUAGAUCGGCAGGUUUGGGAACCACCUGGUUGGCCGGGGCUUCAAGAAUACGCCCCCCACCAGCGCUUCUUUCUUGCGCAGGCUCAGAAAUACUGUGGCCGGCGGCUGGAGGUGCCUUGGGGAGAAAAGCCCGGCCCAUUCCGAGUCAACAUUAUGUAUGCCAACAUCCCUCAAUUCGUCCAAACCUUCUGCUGCACGAAAGAGUCGAAGAUGAACUUGGUCAACCGAUGC